ACCACGGCGGGGCCUGGGUCUCCCCGGUGGCAGGCCACGUGUGAAGGCUCCUUCUUCCAAUUGGCUCUGCUAGGCCAAUUUGAACGGUGUACGGGAGCCGCCGUGGCUCAAAUACGGGUGCGUUUUUUCUUUUCUUUUUUUUUUUUUCUUUUUUCUUUUUUUUUUUUUUAAUUCCCUCGCUUUGGCUCCCUCCUUCCGCUCGAGUCUCACGAGAAGGCGCAGCACAAGGCGCUGCCGCUGCUCUCUCCAGCCCGCACCCCGCCCAUGCUCCCGAGCCCACAGGACCCCGUGACUGCGUGUGCCGUGAAUGGUGCAGCUGGCGGGGACCCCUCACUUGGGUUGGCUGGAUUGGUGGCCUCUGCCUACCCGCUGAGAGCAGUCCCUGCAUUCCACUUCCCCUGACCCUGGCCCCUACCCCUGCAGCUCGCCUUGUGCCAUGGACUGGCAGCCAGAUGAGCAGGGCCUGCAGCAGGUCCUACAGCUGCUCAAAGACUCGCAGUCACCCAAUACAGCCACUCAGCGUAUCGUGCAGGAUAAACUCAAACAACUGAACCAGUUUCCUGACUUCAACAACUAUCUGAUCUUCGUCCUGACCAGACUCAAGUCAGAAGAUGAGCCGACUCGCUCUCUCAGUGGUCUCAUCCUUAAGAACGUGAAGGCACAUUAUCAGAGCUUUCCACCACCUGUGGCUGACUUCAUCAAACAAGAGUGUCUCAACAACAUCGGCGAUGCCUCCUCACUCAUCCGAGCCACCAUAGGCAUUCUCAUCACCACCAUCGCUUCCAAGGGUGAGCUGCAGAUGUGGCCUGAGCUGCUGCCCCAGCUGUGCAACCUGCUCAACUCAGAGGAUUACAACACAUGUGAGGGAGCCUUUGGAGCCCUGCAGAAGAUCUGUGAAGACUCAUCUGAGCUCCUGGACAGUGACGCCCUCAACAGACCCCUCAACAUCAUGAUCCCCAAGUUCUUGCAGUUCUUCAAGCACUGCAGCCCCAAGAUCCGGUCCCAUGCUAUUGCCUGCGUGAACCAGUUCAUCAUGGACCGGGCUCAGGCGCUGAUGGACAAUAUUGACACUUUCAUUGAGCACCUGUUUGCCCUGGCCGUGGAUGAUGACCCCGAGGUGCGGAAGAAUGUGUGCCGUGCCCUGGUGAUGCUGCUGGAAGUACGAAUCGACAGGCUCAUCCCCCACAUGCAUAGCAUUAUCCAGUACAUGCUACAGAGGACCCAGGACCAUGAUGAGAAUGUUGCCCUUGAGGCCUGUGAGUUCUGGCUGACGCUGGCUGAGCAGCCCAUCUGCAAGGACGUCCUGGCCUCCCACCUGGUCCAGUUGAUCCCCAUCCUGGUGAAUGGGAUGAAGUACUCGGAAAAUUGACAUUAUCUGCUCAAGGGGGAUGUGGAAGAGGAUGAGGCAGUCCCUGACAGUGAACAGGACAUUAAGCCACGCUUUCACAAGUCACGCACAGUGACAUUGCCCCAUGAGGCUGAGAGGCCUGACAGCUCUGAGGAUGCAGAGGAUGAUGAUGAUGACGAUGCUUUGUCCGACUGGAAUCUAAGGAAGUGUUCAGCGGCUGCACUGGGUUUGGCUAACGUCUUCCUGGAAGAACUACUGCCCCCUCUUCCCCUGCUCAAGGGCCUCCUCUUCCACCAGUGGGUAGUCAAGGAGUCAGGCAUUCUGGUGCUGGUGCCAUUGCUGAGGGGUGAGUGUGGCCGUGCUCAGCUGGGCUCAGGUUUGCCCCCUGCCGUCCUUGCAGGCUGCAUGCAGGGCAUGGUGCCCUACCUUCCUGAGCUGAUCCCGCACCUCAUCCAGUGCCUGUCGGACAAGAAGGCCCUGGUUCGCUCUAUCGCCUGCUGGACACUGAGCCGCUAUGCCCACUUGGUCAGCCAGCCGCCAGACAUGCACCUCAAGCCUCUGAUGACAGAAUUGCUGAAGCGCAUUCUGGAUGGCAACAAGAGGGUGCAGGAGGCAGCCUGCAGUGCCUUCGCCACCCUGGAGGAAGAGGCCUGCACGGAGCUGGUGCCCUACCUCAGCUAUAUCCUGGAUACUCUUGUGUUUGCUUUUGGCAAGUACCAGCACAAGAACCUACUCAUCCUCUAUGAUGCCAUUGGCACCCUGGCUGAUUCUGUGGGCCACCACCUCAACCAGCCGGAAUACAUCCAGAAGCUGAUGCCCCCGCUCAUCCAGAAGUGGAACGAACUCAAGGAUGAAGACAAGGACCUCUUCCCUUUGUUAGAGUGUCUGUCAUCCGUGGCCACUGCCCUGCAGAGCGGCUUCCUGCCCUACUGUGAGCCUGUCUACCAGCGCUGCGUCACACUGGUGCAGAAGACACUGGCCCAGGCCAUGAUGUACACCCAGCACCCUGAGCAGUAUGAGGCCCCCGACAAGGACUUCAUGAUCGUGGCGUUAGACCUGCUCAGCGGCCUGGCCGAGGGCCUGGGUGGCCAUGUGGAGCAGCUGGUGGCCCGCAGCAACAUCAUGACACUGCUCUUCCAGUGCAUGCAGGACUCGAUGCCUGAGGUCCGGCAGAGCUCCUUUGCCCUCCUGGGAGAACUCACCAAAGCCUGCUUCAUCCACGUCAAGCCCUGCAUUGCUGAGUUCAUGCCCAUUCUGGGCACCAACUUGAACCCUGAGUUCAUCUCUGUCUGCAACAAUGCCCACUGGGCCAUAGGCGAGAUCUGCAUGCAGAUGGGGGCAGAGAUGCAGCCCUAUGUGCAGAUGGUCCUCAACAACCUGGUGGAGAUCAUUAACCGGCCCAACACACCCAAGACGCUGCUGGAAAACACAGCCAUCACCAUCGGCCGCCUAGGCUACGUGUGCCCACAGGAGGUGGCACCCAUGCUGCAGCAGUUCAUCCGACCUGGUGUGUGCACGUCCCUCAGGAACAAGGACAAUGAGGAGAAGGACUCAGCCUUCAGAGGCAUCUGCAUGAUGAUAGGCGUCAACCCUGGGGCCGUCGUGCAGGACUUUAUUUUCUUCUGCGAUGCUGUAGCCUCCUGGGUGAGCCCGAAGGAUGACCUUCGGGACAUGUUUUAUAAGAUUCUCCAUGGCUUCAAAGAUCAAGUUGGGGAGGAGAACUGGCCAUUCUCGGAGCAGUUCCCACCACUGCUCAAGAGAGGUUGGCUGCCUUCUAUGGGGUUUCUGUCUGCAAUCGUCAGCGGAGGGGUUGCUGGGGAGCACACAACUGCGUCCAGAAGUUGCCGUGCCCUGGUCGAGGGGGGUUAGGGAGGAGUGGAGUGGGACCCACAAUCCAGAUGCCUUCCCUGUCAUCUACCUGCCAUGCCUGGCCUGUGUGGCCAGCCCGCGGUGGGCAGGUGGGUGGGCCUCCACACAUCCUACAGAAAGGGAGGGGGGGUGGGACUCCAUGGCAACAAGGGCCCCUUUCUCUAAGUGGGGUCACCUCAGGCAGCCCACUUGGGCCAGCCAUGUGGGAGGGAGGAAUCAACACAGCCGACUAAAUCCGGUUUAGGAUGAAGCAGGGGGAAAGCAGGAGGGGAGGGGGGGUCCCUGUAAAGAUGUGUACUCACGUACACGUGGCCAUACGCAUGUGCGGGCGCUGCUGCCAGCCAGGCUGGGCCAGCCGCCCCACCAUUUCCCUGACUGCAUGGAGACAGUAGAAUUAGUGAACCCCUGAGUUAACCCAUAAGGCCUUCCGUGUAACCUGCAUCUAGAGUUUAAGGAGCUUCUGCUGUUUUACUGGAAUUGGAGAUGACUGGGGAGGGCUGGGUGGGUUGGGGUCCUCUUCCGGGAGCCCAGGGUGGGGUAAGAGGAAGGCCACCUUGGGGCUGUCCCAUCAACACGCACACGCUUUGGACCUGCUCUGCACACUUCCUGCCAGCUCUCUGGCAGUCUCAGCCAGUGUGUCCCCUCCUUGUCCCUUCCCAGCCAGAAAAGUGGAGACCACAGGAAUGGCUGGGGCUGGCCAGAGGUCCUCUUUCUCCCUUGUGCUCCAGUGACUUUUGAAGACACUGGCCUGGGGCCUUUUUUUUUUUUUUUUUUUUUGAGAGAGAGCUGUGGGUGGCCAGAGCUGCUGACACAUACCUCCUCCCUCUCUCCAUAAGCACGUCCAUUUUAAGGGCAAUCUAUUUCUCUGCUUCUGAGAGCCUGGCUCAAGUUCCAGGCCGGAGUUUCUAAAAUGAGGGCUGGGGCAUUUAAUUAGUGUUGAUGCAGUGAAGGCUCAUGCUUUGCCAGCAAGAAGGAAAGCAAGAACUUGGUGGAAAGGUGGUGUUUCCCCCACCUUGAGGCCAUGAGGCUUCCUGUUCGUCAUUGCUCCCAGUGGCCCUGAGAACCCAUUAGAUUGGGGAUGUGGUCACAAUGGGAGAGGCUCCCCUAGAACCAGAGGGAGUGUGGUUUCAAGUUGGCCUUGAAAUGAAGCUGGACCCUGCAGCCUCCUUAAGCUUUUAUUUUUUUCUCUUCCCCUGCUUUUUACUUCUUUGGGGGUCCCUUUUGUGGUUUUGGGGGGCUUGACUGGACUCCUGCAUCCUGGGGCCUGCUCUGUCCAUCCUGCUGGGUUCCUAGAUCCCACCCCAUCACAGCCCUGUCUUUUCUCAUACAGGGUCAGGCCCUGCCUCUAUCCCAAGGGGCACUUGGUGCACAUUCCAUAAAUUCAGCUAAUUCCCCCUUCCCACCUUGGAAACUCCAGCAGGUCUCUGGAAGCCAUUUAUUAAAAAAAGAAAAAAGAAAAAAAACCCAUUUAAUUUUCUGGUAAUUCCAGUCCUUUGGAGAAUCCUCUGCAGGGCCUUAGGGAGUGUGGAUGGAUUGGCUGUCUGAUGGGCUUGGAAACUCCCCCACCCAGUUUGCGGGUGGGGCUCCAACCACCUCCAGAGAAGUGGGAGUCUGGUUCAUCAUCAUUCUUUUUUAAAAAGAAAACUAUUUAAUUUUUAAUUUAUUUUUGGUUGGUUUUUGCACAAUGAAGUUGUAGCUUCUCAACCUUCUCUCCUGCCCAGGGCUGCGGACCCUGACUGGCUUCGAUCCGCAGAUCUGCCUGUUCCCAUGUCCCUUCUUUCCCUUCAUUUUCUUCCUCCUGCAGGCUCCAGGGUCUGUUCAUUUGUUACCAUGCUGUGCUGGGGAUUGGCGCCGAGGUGGCGUGAGAUUCCACUUGUGUAGAACUUUGUUGAGUAAAGAUCAGUUUCUUGUGAA